AUGUUUUGUAAACUUAAGGUAAAAAUUGUGUCUUCUUUAUUAACUUUUGUUCUCUGAAUUCAUGUUCAUAUGUACGUUUCAUACAACUUGUUGAUGUAUUGGAUAACUAAUAUGCAAAAUAGCAAACAUUUGAAUUUGUAAAAGCCACUAAAGACAAGGCAAAAUUAUUAAAUAAUUAAACUUGAAAUGUUAAUAAAAUAUUAAUAUAAAGCUUACAAUAUGUAAACACAACAUUCUUACAUAAAAAUUGUCUAUCAAUGGAAUGUGUAAACAUAUAAAAUUUAUGUUCCUUAUCAUAUACAACAAAAAAGGUUAUAAUGUUAAAAAUUAAGAUUUUACAAAGUAAGAUAUAAAUAUAAUAUAUUCUAAAUAACAGGAUGUUUAUAAAAAUAUAAAAAAAGAAUAUAAUAGAAAAAUUUGCACAAAUGUUACUUACUACUUUCAACUGCCAUGAUAGCGCAAAAUAUUAAAUAUUAUUUAUUCUUAAAUGUGUGAAAUAAAUGGGAAAACUAUACAUUAGACUACUAUACGUUAUAAAUUAUUAUGCAUAUGUACUAUCAUUUUUCACAUAUAUAAAUAAAAAACUUAUAUUUUUAGAUUAUAUAUUCUGAUAGUGUAUUUACAUAUACAAUUUGUAUAUAUAUUUUAAAUAAAAUAAACGUGCAUACUAUUGCUUGUAGUACCAAAAUUUAUUAGCAUAAAUCAAAAUGUGCUUAGUGAUAGUGCUUUUUAAACACAAAGACUUAAUUAACAUCUCUGAUAAUGAAUAUUAUUCAAAAAUUAAAUAAGUUAGAUCUGAAUAAAAUUAUAUUAAUUUAUUAAAAAAACAAUUGUAAUAAAAAUUACUCACGAGAUAAAGUAUUUAUAUUAUCUGCACUGCCAAAUUUGUUUUUUAUUAAGUGUGCAAAUUCUCUGGGUUUGGACAUUACACUUCUGAAAGAUAUAAUAAGUAAUAAAUUAGUAAUCUUACAUUUCAUAAACGUAAUUGUAUUUUAAAAUUUAAUUUUUUCAAAAUUAAUAAACUAUAACAAUAAAUAAUGAGAUGAUUUAGAAACUAACAAAAUCUAUUUUUACACUAAUACUCACCCUGAAAAACCACUGAUUCCAACCCUAAUAUUACCACCCACGUUUCUGGAAGUGAAUCUUAAAUUAGAUUAAAGUCUCAUACUCUAUAUUUAGGACAAAAGAUAGAUUAAAAAGAAAAAAAUGGAACACAAAGAAAUUACACUAAAGGAAUAAUUUUUCAUGUUUGGCAUCUUAAUGUAACAUUUCAAUUUUUACACAAUAUAUAUUAAUUUUCUAUUAUAUUAAAAACUUCUACUUUUUCAGUACAAGCACAUAGGUAUAUAAAACAAUAAUAGAGAUAUUACUCUUUAAUAAAAUACAGUAUAUAAUUUAUAUAAUAUAUCUUAUAACACCUACUAAUCAAAAUUAUUAGUAAAAUAUAUACAUUUUGCGAUAAGCGUUUAAAACAAAAAUAAAGAAAGGUCUACACCUAUUAAUAACGAUUUAAGUAUAUAUAUAUUCUUAACUUUUUUGUAUCACUAUAUUAUUAUCAUAAUAAUACUUUACAUUACCAUAUUUAUUACCAUUAAAAUACUGUGCAAAGUACAGUUAAUACAAAAUAAAAUUUAUUUACUUAAGUCCUUGUCCCAUAUCCCGAAGCACUUCUCUGGGUUGUCUGUGACUUGUAGGUGCACCAUUUAACUCAUAAUGUUUUAAUUUUUUUGUGUAACUAUCCAAUUUUUUUUGGAGCUGAGAAAUACUGUGCGCUGAUUUUUGAUUUUUCUUUUCAAAUACUGCUUUGAUUCGUGUAAGCUGCUGCUUGUCUGCAUUGGCAGCUAAUUUUAGAUAUUCAUUUACAUUUUCUGUAAAAAGAAAAGAAAUUAAAUGAAUUAAUGUUUUAGUUAUAAUACGUACUGUGACAUAAAUUGCUAUUGUAUAUAAAUUUCAUCAUAAUUCGGACAAUCAUUUUAACACUCUAGUACUUGAUAAAUAUCAGCACUAUACUAAUUAACUGUUAAUUGUGGAAAAUUACCAUCACGUGUAGUUUGUUCUAUUCUUAUAAGUUCUCGUGUUUUAGCAAUUUUACUUUGAAUGUGCUCAAUAGCUUGACAAACUCGAGCAGAGUUAGAGUCAACAUCAUCAGUUAUUAAUUCAGAGGAGCCAUUUGAUAGGAACGAUUGUGUUGCAUGAUAUUGUUCCUGUAAAUAAAUUUAUAAUUAAAAUAUACAAACCUGAUGGACAUAUAAGUAAUUGCAAGGAUUGAAAAGUAAAUUAUGAACAAGUAAAUUAUGGACUAACAAAACACAUUUCCCUAAGUCUACUGUUCGAUAACUUGUAUAGUUGCACUUUGAAUUUCCAAAGAUUCUCUAGCUUUGAAACCACUUAAAAUAUUAUAUAAAUACCUACUUAAUUUCUUAACCUAUAACCCUAAUUAUACAGUAAUGGUUGAUGACCUUGCAGCACAGUGAAAUUACAUGCCACGAUGCCACAUUACAUAAGUAAUUUUAUGUAAGCAUAUACAAUCAUAUUUACUGUAAUAAACAUUUAAAAAAACAAUAGUAUCAAUUUCAUUAAUCUCAAUACUUUAAUAAUAUUAAAUAUCAUAACAUAUCAUUAUUAGAAAUAUAAAUUAUCAAAACUGAUAUAUAUAUAAUUGAUGGGAAUGUGUUAAUCAAAAAUGAAAACAUAUAAAUGUAUAAAUUGAAAAAUAUUAAACAUUUUGAAAAUAAAAUUAUUUUAAAAGAACAAAGUACAUACUCCUUCAUCAUCAGUUGGUAAGUGAAUAUUUGGCACAAACUCGUCUUGUUCGGCAGUGAUUAAAUUGGUAUUUGGUUCAUCCAUAGCAUCUACUCGAAUCACAGUUCCUGGUGAUUUUUGCCUACUACCUUUCAUGCUGAGGCUGCCUCCACCACCACUACUUCCACUGCCUGUACUACCCUCCCCUGUUUGGGAACUGUGAAGUCAAAUUAAUUUUGUACUGUGCUCCUUUUAUUUAUUUUUCAUUUAUUUAUUUAUUUUUUUUUAGGAACUUAUUUUUCUUAUUUGUAAGUACAAAAUAUUGUAUCAUUAAUUAUAUCAUACUGAAGCAUAAGCUUAAUGUUUCAGUUUCAUGUAAAAUACUACAAAAAAAUAAGAAUUUUUAAUCUUAAUCUAUAUAAGCACACACGUUAACAUCUACAAAAAAUCAAAUCUUACAGUGAAGCAUUACGUGCUUUUGAAAUAUGUUCCAAGGUAGAUGACAAUGGUUGAGGUGAGGUCAAUGUAUUUCCUCUGUUAGGUGAUGCACUGCGUGAACUAUUCUUACUUGACGUAGUUACCAUCAAAUUGGCCAUUCCUUUUUCUGAAAAAAUGAUUACUUAACUGCUUUAGUAUUGCUGUAAACAUUUUAGAUAUAUGAAUUGAAAUGUAUUAUAUGUGAACGAUAUAUUAACCAAACUAUAUAAAAUAUACAUAUAUACCCACAUAUAUCUUCUUAUCAGUAAAUGCUAUUGUAUGAAUUAUUAUUUCUACUAGACUAUAAAUUAUAAAACAUUUGGAGGAUUUGCUAAAGAUGUAAUAUCAGAAAAAAUGAAGAUAUAUCAUUUAUUGUGA